AACCUGCAAAGUUUUUAGCAGAUGUAAACACGUUACAAGUUAUCUGGCCAGGGUAUCUGUAGCGCAGCCUCGACUUGCAGGCUGCAGCUGCAGUGCAAAAACAUUUUACAGCACGUGGCUCUCAGUCCUUGAUUUCAAGGACCUCUUGAGGCAAUAGUGCUAUUGCAUAUACUUUAUUAUGUCACCGCUUUGUAACGAAACCUUUACACUCAUAGCUCACAUCAUUAGUCUUUGUCAUUAUUUUAACACUCAUAUAUUUUACGCAAUUUAUAGCGAUUUGUUUUAGGCCUCUUUACAGCCACCUUUUAUGUACCAUUUGCACCCUACUGUCCACUCCAUCCAUAAUACAUUCAGAACCCAUCACCAUGUGUCAUGGCGCUCUUUGGCCAUAGCUGGCCCUUGCGCCAUUAAACACUACACAUCAUCAUACUCGCCUCCCGGCACAUGCACACAAAGAGGUCAGCAACCACUGCGACCCGAUGCUCCCGAAGAACGUUAUUUGUGGAAGGCGGGCUUACUUGCCUCCCGGCACAUGCACACAAGGGGGCCAGCAAUCACUGCGACCCGCCCGCGACAACCAUAGCACGUUGGGGAGACAUCCUCCGUUAAUCCUUUUGAACGGGUUGCCAUACGUCAACCGUAACAAGGGGCGACAUUCGUUUCUCUCCUCGUUGAGACAGUCUUCUCCUUAGGACUGGUGAAGGGGGCUUUUAGAAUGCGCUGCCACCCUUCGCGCCCCCUCGAGGCUAGGGCCCGUAUUCUGAAACGCUCCUCAACUCAGACCAUUUCCUUACCUUACGUGAGGAGCCCUUCAUGCCUCCUUACCUCAAGGAGCUCCUUCAGGGCUACAGUGUAUUCUAAAAGCUUCCUUCAACAUUCCUUUGGAAAGGGCCUCCUCAGUAAGGUAACGUGCGUAUUUCACGAGUCUUGGUUCGAGGGUAGAUGUGAAAUAUUAAUUAAACGUUCACUUUCGAGCUAGAUUCAAGCAUAUGUGUAAUAUUUUGGUAUGCACACCGAUAAAUAUUGACGUGCGCAUUGCUAUUUUGCUAGGCAGGUGCACAUAUUGUUCUGCUUUAUUUAACUUUCUGCUUUUGCGGCAGGCAAAAAUGUUGAUCUAGCAACAUUGGCGACAACCUUCUGACCAUUUCUGACCACGCUUCUGACCAACGCAUCAUUGUUCUGACAGGUUUUGAUAGCCGCGUACGCCAGAAACAUGCCCAGGAAGCUGUUUUACUGCGACGACGAAAAGGACCUCGUAAAAGAGCUUGUACGAAAGUACAAGUGGUCAAUCAAGAACAAGAAAUCCGAUACCGUGUCACUGACGAGAAAGUUGAAGGCAUGGGAAGCUUUGACUGCCGAGUUCAACAGCACUGAAAAUGUGCGGCCGCGCACUGUCGCCCAACUACGGAAGCUAUGGGACAACAUGAAGCAGCGAUGGAAAAAAGAAAAAGCAAAGCAAAUAAGGGAUGCCAUGGCUACAGGAGGUGGGCCGCCGCCGGAACCGAUGGAUGAUCGGCUGUUGCAGAUCGAGGCUGCAGUUCCCCAUCUAUCGGAACGGGUCAACAACGGAUGAAAGAUGCCAAAGAGCCACAGAGCACAAAGCCAGAAUGAGAAUGAUGGAAGAGGAACAUGGAUGGAAAAGACAGCAAUAUGCUGACGAGGAGAAGAAAAGAAGUUAUUUGCACAGGAUGCAAUUGUGGCUUCUGAGGGCUAAACUGAAGGUCUCCUCAAAGAAAGCGGAAGUUCUUGCCAAGCAGCUGGCCGGUGA